CUUGCUAUGUAGAGCAGAUUGGCCUAGAACUCACAGAGAUCCCUCUGCCUGUCUUGUGAGUGCCAGGAUUAAACAGUGUGGGCCACCACACCACUGGGACCAGUUUUUAGGAUUUGUUUUGAAGGAGGACUUUGUGGAAAAAACACAAAGGUCUAAAGGAUUAUGUAACUUGAGCCCCUGGCCCAUUCUGGGAAAAGGGUGCCCAAGGGGCCUGGGCGGAAAGGGCCUCUGUGAACCAGUCACUCAAGAGGCUAGAAGGCAAAGAGAGGAAGGUCUUACGGUGAGUCAGUGCUGGGGCCACCCUGGGCUCCCUGUUUCUCCCAUAUCUGUGUCUAUUCCCACGCCCCAGGGUGGCCAGGGCUGCCUGACUUAGCUUAUGGUGUCCCUUCCUCUUUGUAGCUUAAUGGGUCAUCCAGAUGGCCGUGGCAGUUCCUCCACCAAGCAGGAGGGGGAAAGGAAGGGCCCAGCUCUGAUUAGUCCUCAGGCAAUGUCCGUAUGAUGUAGAAAUAGGCCCCUAAGAUGGGAAGAUCUCACACACACACACACACACACACACACACACACACACACACGCACGCACACAUGCAAGUGCACACGCAUCCACAUCCCAGACUCCCAUAGAACCCUUUUCAGAGAACAGAAGAGGGCCUUGAAGAGAGGAAUGGGGGUAAAAAAGCACUUAGUAAAGAGGAGUGGAGUGAUGGGGUUUAGAAGGCACCAAUCUAAGAAGAAGAUGGAGCUAUCUCUGCAUGGUGGUGCAGGCCUGUAAUCCCAGUACUCUCCAAACCAGUGCAAGAGGAUUGUAAAUUUAAGGCCAGACUAAGCUAUGUAGCAAAACUGUCUUCUUCUUCUUCUUCUUCUUCUUUUUUUUUUUUUUGUUUGUUUUUUCGAGACAGGGUUUCUCUGCGGCUUUGGAGCCUGUCCUGGAACUAGCUCUGUAGACCAGGCUGGUCUGGAACUCACAGAGAUCCUCUGCCUCCCGAGUGCUGGGAUUAAAGGCGUGCGCCACCAUCGCCCGGCUUCUUUUUUGUUUUGUUUUGUUUUUUUGAGACAGGGUUUCUCUGUGUAGCUUUGGCUGUCCUGGAACUUACUCUGUAGAGCAGGUUGACCUCAAACUCAGAGAUCCGCCUGCCUCUGACUCCUGAGUGCUGGGAUUAAACAGGUGCGCCACCACUGCCUGGCAGAGACUGUCUUCUCAAUAGCAAAAGACAAAACAAAAUGUACUGAACACCUACUUUGUUCUGGAAGCUGUUCUGAAUUGAGGACUCAGCUAGAAAAGAAUAAUUACAUAUAAAUUUAGAAGUUUGCUAAAACCUUCUCGGGGAUCCUAGACUCCCUAGUAGGCCCUUCAGCAACAGGGAUUAGGAGAUGGCCCUGAGCCAAGAGGUGGUGGCACGCCUUUAAUCCAGCCCUCAGGAGACAGCCAGAUCUCUGAGUUUGAGGUCAGCCUGGCCCAUACAGUGAGUUCUAGGACAGCCAGGGCUAUACAGAGAAAGCCUGUCUCUAAAAAACAAAAUCAAAUCAAACCAAAACAAAAAGAGGACCCUGGGCUGGGACUCCAGGAGCCCCGUGUCAUUACCCUGAUUACCAUGGAAGCCUGGGCCUCAGUUGGGGAGUCUGGGAAUGAGACGAGGGGCUCUGAGAGAGGACUCAGUGGGUAAAAGCACGUACUGCUCUCCCAGGGGAACCCAAUUCCAUUCCCAGCUCCAUCAGGUAGCUCACAAACACCUCAAAUACUAGCUCCAGGGCUCCAGUGCCCUCUGCUGUCCUCCAUGGGCACUGUACUCAUGUGCACAUUCCCCCCUCCCUGCACACACAAAUACACACAAUUAAAAAUGAAAAUGAGCGGGAAGAUGUUGUCCAAAGUAGAUGAUGAACCUCAUCCAACUGCACAUUUUCAGAAGUGGCCCUGGAAGAGCUGUUCUUCAUAAUCUGGACAUUUGUCAUAAUUUAAGACAUCUGGGUGGCACAUGCUCUCCCCCUCUGAUGGCUAGUCCUGCUUGUCAACUUGACUAUAACUAAUGAAUCUAGAAACGAAGGGCACAUUAGUGAUCUGGAUCUUGAGGCAAGAAAACACAGACCUUUAAUCUGGGCCACACCUUCUCCUGGAAGCAGAUAUAAGGACAAUGGAAGGAGGAAGGGCUCAUCUUUCACCUGCUUGCCCCUGCCUCAUCAGCCCACCCAUUCCUCCUUCGGGGUCCCUGCAGAGCAGCUGAGACACCCAGCCUCAUGGGACUGAGCAGCUACUGAUUCUUGGACUUUCCAUUUACGACUAGCCAUUGUUGGACUCAGCCUCUAAGUCAUUCCAAUACAUUUAAAUUCCCCUUAUCUACUCAUUCCACAAAUCCUGUGAUUCUAGAGAGCCCUGGCUGGUACACCCCCUUCCUUCUGUCCAGUAGUGGGCAUCAGACCCAGGGUCUUUCUUGCAAAAGCUAGGCAAGUACUUUGCCAAAUCCAGUUAUACCCAGUCCCUCUGACGUACAUCAUAUUUAUUUUUGUACAUUUUGAGUCAGGACUCACUGAGUCGCCCAGGCUGACCUAGAACAUUCCAUCCUCCUGCUUCAGCCUCCCGAGUGUUGCCAUGACAGUGUGACACCAGGCCCAGCUGCCAUUAAUAUAAAGCCUUGGUCCCCCGCUGCAGGAAGUUGAACAAAGACACCAAGGGAGAAGGCCAGGGUCCCCUGGCUAUGUCCCCAGUGUUUCCCUCUUGCUAGCUACCACCCUUCUGCUCCUAUGCCUUCUGUCCCUUCUGGUCCCCAACUACCCAUCCUCACGCCACCAUCCAGGAAUUUCUCUCAAUUCAGUCCUGACUUUGUUUAUAUGAUUUUGCUCCCUGCUGGGUAAGGGAGGACAGUCUGGGAAAAGUCCUUAAAGUUCCUUCCUCAGACAGCUCCCUGGGGACACUUACCCUCUGCUGGAGGAAGCGGUGCUGCUUGAGAACCAAUGGCAGCAGCCUAUACUGCAGGCUGAGGAGCCCUGUGUCACCCGGCUGGAACUAAGACUAAGACUAAUGCGCACAGGGCGGGGAGGGCAUCUGUGGGACUUGCACUUCCAACACCUCCAGAUGUCACUUCUUGUGCUUUACACUCAGGAUUCACACAGCAAGCUGGGGACACAGCCCACCUUGCUCAGAAUCACCCAGUGACAGGUCUGAGGUGUGACUCGGCGGUAGAGUCCUUGACUAGAAUCCUCGAGUGAGGAUCUAGGCCUCUUCAGUGUUGGAGCAAGUGGCCUAGCAGGGGAAAUGUUUCAGGAUCCAUCUUCAACUAUGAAAACAAAGGAAGAUCAGGAGUUCCAAGGCCAGCCUCGGCUAUACAGUGAGUCCGGACUGAGGCUAGGCUAACUGAAACAUAGCUUUUUUUUUUUUAAUUUGUUUUUAUGUUCAUUGGUGUUUUGCCUGCAUGUAUGUCUGUUUGAGGGUGUCAGAAGCCCUGGAUCUGGAGUUAGACAGGUGUGAGCUGUCACGUGGGUACUGGGACUUGAACCUGGGUCCUCUGGAGGAGCAGUCAGUACUCUUGACCACUGAGUCAUCUCUACAGCCCCUGAGACCCAACUUUUAAAAAAAUUAUAAAAAAAAGUAAUUUAAAACUGAUUUCCUGAGGGGUUUGAGUCACUCCUCCUUCAGAGGAGAGUGAGUAAAGCGGCCAGGUCUUUGUGACUACGCGGUGAGUCUCUUCGCUCCCCGGUGAGCGACCUAACCCGCGGAGGAAGCUGUACCCGGGACUCAUUAGACUUAAUUGGAACUUAACGAGGCGCCUCCUAUGGGCUGGGACGCCGACUCGGUACGUGACAUCACGCAGGAGCGUGGUGGCGUCACUACGCCGGGAAUAGGGCCCCGGCCACGCUCCCACGAGCGGCCGUUAAACGGCACCGCCCUCUGACGCCUCACUUCCGCUGUGUAUUUGCAUACUUAACGAACGGACGUCGAGGCGUCGACGCGGUGACGUCACAGAGCGCCCCUGCAGAGAAACACCCUUUUUCUCUCCCUCCCACCCCGCACCCCCCUCCCCCCGCGAGCGUGCCGACGCGCGCUCGUACGUAGGUACGAAGGCGAGUCCCUCCUUACGCAGACACGCACGGCCCACCGGCGGGCGGGAGCGGAGCGGCGAGGUCAGCGGCGCCCCGCCCAGUCAGCCAGCAAGGUUGCGCGUGCCCAGGGCGACCGCCAAGAUGGUGGUGGGCGCGUUCCCCAUGGCGAAGCUGUUCUACCUGGGCAUCCGGCAGGUCAGCAAGCCGCUGGCCAACCGCAUCAAGGAGGCCGCCCGCCGCAGCGAGUUCUUCAAGACCUACAUCUGCCUGCCCCCAGCCCAGCUGUACCACUGGGCAGAGAUGCGGACCAAGAUGCGCAUCAUGGGCUUCCACGCUGAGGCCAUCAAGCCAUUGAACGAGGCAGCAGCAGCCGAGCUGGGCGCAAAUCUGUUGGGCGAGGCCAUCAUCUUUGCCUGCGCGGGCAGCUGCCUGCUGCUGGAGUUCUGGCGCCUGCAGUCUCUGAAGCACCGCAAGGAAGUGGAGCGCGAGGCCUCGCUGCGGUCCCUGAGGGCAGACGUGGACCGCCUGGAGCAGGCGCUGGAUGAGCUGCAAGUGCAGGUGCAGGCGGCAGUGACAAGGGGCGCGCUGGAGGAGCUGCGGGCUGAGCUGCGGGCUGAGCUGCGGGAAUUCAGAACCCAGAUCUGCGAGGAGGAAAGCCAGGAACCUGAGCCCCAGCCCUCUGAGGGCCCCUGAGUAGAGGCCUUGGACUCUGACCUUGGAUAUGGAUUGCAGUCUGGGCUUGUUCCUCGCCUGGCUACUCUGCAUGGGCCCAUUGCGAACUGAGCCAGCUGACAUGUCCUGGUCUCUGGGGACAGAGGGAUCGAUCCUAGGCCGGGAAUGGUGUGAGUGUUCCUUCCCAUGGCGGUCUCUCACCCACUGGUGCAGCAUGAUGGGGAACCAUCUAAGAGCCCUUCGCCUAGGGCACUGGCCCAUUGCACAGGAACACUCCCUGCCUAGUGUCCGUCUACCUCACUUUGGAGAGGCCGGCUGGCUCCUCCUGCCUUUAGUCUGAGUUGCCUCUGCCUGGCAUUCUCCCCUAGUGGACCCUCUUCCUUUAAUCCAGGGCGCUGCCCACAAGCUGGCUGGGUGCAUCUUCCUCUUUAUGUCUUAGGAGAGGGUAAGCUGGUUAUCCCAUUUCCCUGUCUCCAUUCAGCCCCUUCAUUGCCCACCACCGCUCCCUUGAGAGCCUCUUUGCUGGAACCAUCUGCACCCUUACCACGUGGGCCAGUGCUACACCUCCCAUCUGCCAACAGCUUUACCUCUGACCAAAUGGAACAUUCCAGAAGACCAAUAAACUCCCUUAUUCACUAAUUUACUAACAUACUGGGCCACAAAGGUUGGCCUAUGAGCUCUGACUUCUGUUUUUUUUAAAACUUUACUACACGUUUUAUAAUUAAAGGAGCCCCAGGUUAAAGAGUGUGUCUCAAAUCGUUACAUGCUGGGUGGGUGGAAGUGUCAUUCAUUCCAAUUGGGAGGGGAUUUCUAUUGACAAGGGGGCAGUCAUCUUCUGAGACCUUUCCCAAGUACAUAAAGCAUUCCAGAGUUAAGAUGUAAGACUUAAGGGCCACACAACCCCAACACUGUAGGAUGAAGCAGGCUGGUGAAGACCACGGACAGGAGGACCAUAGCAGAGUGUCUGGCAGAAAUAGGAGUGUGUAUGCAGAACGGGGAAGCAAGAAGCAGAGGGCAGUGGCAUCCUUGCAAGGGUUCCCACAGGUGGGAGCAAUCCUCGCCUCCCAAGUGACUCCAGAGGCCUUCCCAUUUAUAAAAACCGCAGAUUUAUUCAGCGAGGGCCCGUGUCCAAGAAGCUAAGGUGUGAAAGUCGGAGGACCUAUUUUUCCUCUUCUCCUUCCCUCUCACUUCAUCUUCCCAGAGGGCAAAAAUGGUCUGGACCCUAAAAUCCUAACCCAAAAAGAAAAAAAAAAAGCCACAAAACUGAGAUUCCAAAAAAGUUAAAGAAUCUUAAUUCCUCAUAGAAAAGAGGGAGGAGCCAAGGUAAAGGGGGUGGUGUUCCUGGGGUGGGGGAAGUCCCGCCCACCUGCGGGGAAAGCUUCUCCCCUUACAGCGCUGCUUCCUCUGGGACAAGCCUGGGGUUAUGGCUUUUAAAAACUCCCACACCCCAUUUUAUCAAAACCAAAGAGAAAAAAAUUUCCCUUCCCCCCAAAACCCAAAUAUAUAUAUAUAUAUAUAUCCUUUUUCUUUAAAAAAAAAAAAAAAUCCAA